AUGUCGGAGGUAAUCGAAGGUAACGUGAAGAUCGACAGACUGUCGCCAGGCGAUGGCAAGACGUUCCCGAAGACCGGGGACCUGGUGACGAUCCACUACACCGGGACGCUGGAGAACGAGCAGAAGUUCGACUCGUCGGUGGACCGGGGCUCGCCGUUCCAGUGCAACAUCGGCGUGGGGCAGGUGAUCAAGGGCUGGGACGUGGCGAUCCCGAAGCUGUCGGUGGGCGAGAAGGCGCGGCUGACGAUCCCGGGCGCGUACGCGUACGGGCCGCGGGGCUUCCCGGGGCUGAUCCCGCCCAACGCGACGCUGAUCUUCGAGGUGGAGCUGCUAAAGGUGAACUGA